AUUAAGUGCUGGUUGUGAGUGUGUAUGUGUUUCAUGUGUGAAUGUUGUUCGUAUUUGCAUAGAUCUAUAUUGUUAUUGUACAGUAGUUUCGCUGAGGUUGUCUAUUGUAGUCAAACUUAUUUCCAUUUGAUUGGAUCAAUAAAAAUUAUCUUAUCUUAUCUUAUUAAAUUAAUACUCAUUACAAUAAUCAUCAUCAUCGCUAGAUUCCACUAGGUCUAUAUAGAUCUACUACCAGUACUUAUCAUUUACUAGUCAAUCUAAUUUUUACUUUACCAACAGUAUCUUAGAAUCUAAAUCUAGAUUCUAGAUCUAUGACUAUCAUAUUGAUGAUCAUACUCAUAGAUGCCUAUCUAUAAUGUAGAUCUAUAUUUAGACCUAGGUUACAUUUACUUCAGUUUAACUAAUGUAGGACACAUUUUUUUCCAACAUUUAGACUACUCAAAUUAUCAUAUUGGUAUUGAAUAUAGAUUUUGACUAACUUGAUUUAAGGUUGAAUUUUGACUGAAAUCACAACAAUAUGCCUGGGCUUCUAUGUCUCUACUUGUGAUCGAAACAUUUUAGUUUUAAAAGGAACAACUGUUAAAGAGAGUACUGGAUGUUUUGUUGGUACCAGUAUUAAAUUAUUGUCGUCUGAGACUGUUAUAUAUAUAUAUAUAUACAUAUAUCUAAAUCUUUUGACUUGAGUACACUUUUAGCUUUGAGCUGAUUGUUAGAUCCUUUAUAGGAAAGUUUAAGUGAACAUCUUACUUGAAUGAGAAUAGCUUACUGGCCUAUUGCCUGUUGGCUGGCAUAUGGCUCAGUUUCCUAUUCCAUGAUAAUAAGACAAGGCAUGGUUUUAGAAAAACGCAUCCUUAUUUUCACAAAGAGAAAUAAGAGUACGACUAGGUUUAGGGGUAGGGUGAAUAUACUACCAUAAUCCAAUUAAUUACACAAAUCUUGUUAUCAAAAUUACAAAGAUACACCAAGUUUCAUUCUGGCUUAUAUAGAAGCAAAAUUAGAUUGUUUCUCAUAAGGCUUCUUUCUUGCACUAGUGAGUAAUGACUAUGACCUACAAACAAAAUGGUAGAUUUCGUGAUAAGUAAAGUAAAGUGUUACGUGCACCGCAUAGCGUGAAUGUGGAAUGGUGCGAAUGCGUGUUGAAAGGGUGAGGGAGGAGAAAAAUCUAAAAUGGAGUAAAGUAAACGAAGUUAUUAUUGAUGGUGAUGAUAGAGUAGACAAUGCAAAUAAACUGAUUUGGUUUAGGUCUCAUUGAUCAAAGAGCUGUUUGAAGCAAACAUCCUGAAGUUGGUUGAUUGGCUUGGAUGUCAAAGCAUGGAAGGCUGUUACUUUACAGUUUUGAUGUUAUGAACAAACUCUACUAUGACUUCAUUCUCAAUCAACUCUGAGCUUUUCCUGGGUGAAUCCUCUGAGAUAGAUGCUCUCUUUUUGCCUGUUCAUGUCGAUGACAUCCAAAGGAGUGACACUAAGUCUAGCUGGAAAUCUGGUUUUCAGAAGGACUUGUUCCAUGAUGAAAAAACACAGUUGAAAGAUGAAACCUCUUUAAAAGUAUCUACACAGAAUGGCACUUGUAUCAAGGAUCAGCAAGUUCCAGGUACAAGCAGUGUGCUUAUGCAUGCAAUCAUUACAGACUCCCCAGAUUCUAGUGACAGAUGCUACAGGGCUACACUAUGCUCCAUAGGUGUAAUUAUAUUUAUUGUGGUAAUUCUGGUCUUUGGUCAUAAACACAUCCGGUCACUGCUUCUGUGGCUAGAACAUGUUGAUCCUGUUGUCAGCUUGUCAGUGCUAGGAGCCUUGUUCAUCCUUAUCUCAUUUCCUAUAGCUUGGGGUCUUUCGCUGCUCAUGGUUACUUCAGGUUACUUGUAUGGGUUUCUCUAUGGACCACUUGCCGUUACUUUCUGUGUGACUCUAGGACUGAGUAUAUCUACGCCAACCAUGCGGUUAUUGUGUUUAGACUAUAUGCGCUCCAAGUUUUAUUCACAUAAAGUAGAGGCCAUCAUCAAUGUUGUCAGUGGACCACAUGGCAUGAAGAUUGUGGCCUUGACCCGUCUCACUCCCAUACCAUUUGGUCUUCAGAAUGCUUUGUUCUCAUUGUCUUCCAUGUCAUUGCCAAGAUAUUUGAUCUCCAGUGUGGGUGGCUUAGUACCAAUGAAUGUUUUGAAUUGUUACAUGGGCUCCACAUUAAGGAAUAUGCAGGAUCUCAUGGCAGACGACUCCAACAGGCUGACUGGGUUUUUCAUAUUUGGCAGUCAGAUUCUCGUAACUGUAAUCCUACUGUGGUUUGUGGUGCGUAAGGCAAGAGUUGAAUUAAAGAAAGCCAUGGAUGGAUCUGAAAAAUCCUCACCUCCCCUUCCUCACGAUGACUGCCUCAAAACUGUCUAUGUGGAAAAUAGCUCAUGACAUUUUAAUAACUGGUUCCAGUCAUAAUACACUCCUUCCUGCUUCUAUGUUUAUUUAAGUUUUACUUAACUCACUAUCAACUCAACUUUUUACCUAAACCUUCACUUGAUACUCAGACACUCCAUUUUUGGGAAAUUGUUGAAUUGCAGACUAUUGUACAGUAUGCUAACACUAUUAUUACAUGAGGAGUUUAAAAUACAGUCAAAUCCAGUCUGCUUUGUCAUGAAUAAUAAAGUGUGAAACCAAACUUGUAACACAGGACGUGUUCAUGUGAUUGGACCAACUAGUCAGGAUCAAAAGUAAUGUGUCCUGGUGGGUCAGAUUAACCAAAAUGGACUGUACUUGUAAAUAUGUUUUUGCAUUGUUUAGCUGUCUUCCUUUAUUUAUUUGCAUUGACUCCCUUUUGUCCUUCACACUAGUCACUUGAGAUUGUUCAAAUUAACUGUAAACUUUGGUAUCCAUUUGGAUGACAGACAUUGCUUGUUGUUUUCACUUUGAGUUCUCCCAUUUUUUUUUAGCAUACUGCAUUACUAACAAAUGAAGUCAUUAAAAAAAAAGAUAUUAAUACUGAGUCAAAGAUUUUAAUGCAUAUGAAGGUACCAGGAUGAAAAUGUUAUAAAAGUGAAUCAAGUGAAAUUGAAAAAUUAGAUGUGUGUUUUUAUAACAUUAUAAAGCAAUAGAGUAAAUCUCUUGUAUUUUACAUUUUAUAAAACUUAGCACCAGAAAUAAUUAGCAAGGUAAUCAUAAGCAGAGAAAAUUUUUAUACAAUCAAAAUAAACAUAUGAUGUUGAGUGUUUCACCACUAUAACCCAUUAGAACGAUCGUUAUUCCUUUUCUUUAUUGUUUUUUUUUUUUUUUACAAAACUUAUAUGGCUAAGGAAAAACUUUCAGAAUUUUGGUUUAAAAGACAUUGUUCUUCUUAACACAAUAAUAGUACAUAGACAUCCAUUUUUGAAAUUUGUCAAUGGUCACUACUUUUAGACACCUCUAUCAAUUCCCUUCUCCAUUUUUUGUGACACACUUCCCAGAUUAUCAGCACAUCAUAACCUCUUUGUCUACCAACAAUCUUCAAAUCAGCUGCACUUCAUGGAUGUCAGUUGUUUUUGUUUUUUUUAAAUGUGGAGGAUUUACAAACAGAAGUAAAAUUGCUUAGUUUCAAGUCUCCCAAUGGUUCUCAAUUAUUCUAUUUGAUUUUUCCAAGAAAAAAAAAAAAUUUUUUUAACCAGGAUCUGAUGUUAUUGUUAUCCUUGUUAAUUGUAUUUAAUUACAAAGAAAUUGUGUAGAAGAGUGAUUAGUGAUAUCUUGAACUAGGAAAUAAAAAAAGUCUUGAUAGAUUGAUACUAAAUUUAACCAGGAUCUGAUGUUAUUGUUAUCCUUGUUAAUUGUAUUUAAUUACAAAGAAAUUGUGUAGAAGAGUGAUUAGUGAUAUCUUGAACUAGGAAAUAAAAAAAGUCUUGAUAGAUUGAUACUACAGCCUAAAACCACUACUCUGUAUGGCAGUGCUGAACAACUGAAGAAAACAGCAAAUUAUUCUUGCUUGGCACAGUCUGCAAAAGAGCUGACAGCUCAGCAGCAAAAAGCUGAUAGAAGAAGAAUAUUUUGUUCAAAGAUUUUUGUUUAUUAUAUGAGAUAAAAUACUGUUAAAAGCUAAUAGAGUGAAACGGAAAAAUUCUGGUUGUUUUAUAGUCCUUAAUGAAUUAUAUUUUGUACUAAUUCUUCUUCGGAAGAGAAAUGAUUAGUAACAAAUUAUGUUGUGAAUUUAUUCAAUAGCCUCUUCACCCAUUAUACCAUUUUCUAUAUUUAUCAAUUUAUUCUUUUUAUACCACAAUAGUCUUUUUGUAAGUCUGACACUUUUGUGUAAACUAACAAAUCUUGUGGACAUUUUAUUAAACUAAACUUAUGAGCUGUACUUUUUUUAAGCAGUCUGGCAGGUUAUAAUCCAGUGACAUUUUCUGCCAGGUUUAAUAGAAGAUACACGCAGUAAAAAGUUUUAAGUUUCUAACAAAAACAAUAACUUUUUUACACUAAUAAUUACAGCUGUUCUUAAUAGUUUGGAUUAAUUCUAUUUGUAACUUUUUUUUUUAUUCUGAAAAGAUUUAACUAAGAAAUUAAAUUAAAAACAAAUAUCAAUAUUAUUAAGUUUCAAUCAAUGUAUUGGCUCUGAAUAGAUCAGAUUGUAGAACAUUGUGUGGUAUAAAAAGAGUUCAAACUAGUCUGGUUGUGUUGAAAUAUAUUGGGACACAUUAAUUAAAAGUAUUAUAUAUAAAUAACUAUUUUUUUUAUUUUUUGCCUGGAUGCAGAUUUUUAUUUCUUGGUUUUAUUCAGAUUUGAUGCUUAUUUUUAUUUUCUUAAUUUAAAGCUUUAUAUUUUUAGAACAGAUUAACCCUAACCAUUUUGUAUGAAUGAUGCCUUGACUAACAUUUUAAGAACAGGAGUUGUAUGAUAAAAGAGAAAAACAUUUGAUGAUUUAAAAAAAUAAAAUUCUAAAAUUUAUGUUUGCUGAAUAUUUAAGUAUUCUUAGUGAGUUUCUUUCGAGGAUUUCAAAAUAAUUGCCUCAAUAGCCUAACCAAAUGUCCAUUGCAACCCUUCCACUGAUUGAGUGUUUGAAUUUCCCAAAUGAAGUAAAACUCCUAAGAACCACUAGAUCACAUUUUAAAAUUUCAAUAUGUCCUUAAGUGCAAAAGAUUUUUGUAGAAUCUCAUUGAUAGAGGUGGUAUAUGUUUAUGUUGGAGUACUUACGGCAAUCACUCUAUUGGAGUAUGGACCGCCAACAAUAGAUCUCUAUAGUCCCCUGUCCUGUGCCAUCCUUUCCAUCUUGUUCCAGGUGUGACCAAACUUUAAAGUGUCUGCUCUAGUUCGCAUCGCCAGGUGCUUCUAAGACGUCCUCUCUUUCUCUGGCCUUGUGGGUUUCACUUCAAUGCUUGCCUUGUUGGCAAAGUGUGUCCAAUCCAGUCCCAUCUUCUCUUUCUGAUUUCUUCUACAGGUGUUAGGUUGGUUCUUUUACUUGGUCACUGGUUAUUCUUAAAAUGAAUUAGAGUAUCUUACACUUGACCUACGAUAAGCCAUAACAAUUUGGGUUAAUAUUGUUAUGAUUAUCUAGAUGUUGCAUUUUUUUUUUCUUAGGAUUAUUUGAAAUAGGCAAAAUGUCACCAAAGAUUUUUUUAGGCUCUUAUUUUUUUCAAUUACUAAGUUUUAUUUCAUAUUGCUAUAUCUGCUAAUAUAUAUUUUAAUUAGCCAUGUAAUUUUUUUCAAACAAUGAAUUUACCAUUAUUUAUUGUACCGGUACAAAAUCUUUGAACAUUCUGGUAGUGUGGCAUUAUUUACUUGUUUGAGAUGAGAUAAUAUCAUGAGAUAAUUCAUAUGGUUAAUCCAUAGUCUGCAUAGAUUUGUAAUGAUUUGUGGAUAACAUUUGAUAAUAGAACUUUUUAUUCAACCUUAAGUUAUAGGCAUUUGUAAGAAUGACAUACAGUCAAUCAGCUUUGAAACUAUACAGCACCAUGCUUCUUUCCUCCAGUCAUUUAAUUGGGUGUCUAAAUAAUUUUAUGACAUCAGGGUUUAAAAAAAAAAAAAUUUUUUUGUUUAUACGACAACUUCUUAUUAUCUAUACACUGUAAAAACUUUUGUUUAUAUCAUUCAUUGUCACCUCUCUGUUUAUUUUGUGUGAUAAAUCUUAACUUUGAAGAUGACAUUAUGGAUGUGUGAUGAAUUUAUUAAAAAUCCCUUUCUGGUCCUUUAUCUAAUUAGUAAGGGGUCAGGGUUAAGGUAACAGGAGUUGGUUUGGGUUUCAUGGGAUGGUCAAAGUCUCACAAUAAUUCAAUGUUUUUCAGUCAAAUGACACCUGAUUUGUUCAUUAUGUUGACUGUUGGCUUGUCCAACUGUACAGUAAUGGGAACCAAAUUUUCACAGCAGAAGUAAAGAAAUCUGUCCUACCUCAUCUCAUGCACCUUUAGUCCAGAGGGUUUGCAGAGUGUGGAUGUUAACACACGCUAACAACUUAAUGGCAUAAUUAAGCAGAGGUGCUACAGCACCCAUACACUAACAUUUUUUAAAUCUUUGUUGUGACAAGACUUUUUAUAACAUAUUUCAACUCUGAUUAAGUCAUAUUUUGUACACUCUAUAUGUAUUAUAUCUCUCACCUGACUACCUUCAGUGGAUACCAUGUCUCUUUUCUUUAUUGCAUAUAAUUGUUAAAUAUUUGAACUAGUAUUAUAUUUAUUUUCAUAUUCCUCUUUUGUUUUCACCUCAAAUGUGUAAUUCCAAAAAAUCUCUUUUUUUUUUGUUUAAAGAAACUUUUUUUUUUACUGAAAUCUUGUACAUUUUUCUUUUUGUUUGCAUUGCUCACACAGACAUCUAUCUUUUUAUAGAAUAACAUUGUUCGGUACCUGUUCAAUUUUUUAUGUAUUUUUUUAAUCAGAUGAAUUUAGGGCUUUGUUCUAAGGGUUGUGUUCUCUUUUCAUUCCUUCAUUUGAGAAAUGUGGAUUGCUAUAAAACAUCUCUUCUUGAGACUACUAUUAGAAUUUCAUCUUUUGUGGUAGACCUAAAGUUAGGUCAGCAUCCAGAAGACUAAAAGGCAUUUACUUAAAGUGCACCCAAAAAAAAAAAAUUCAUAGUCAGUAAUAAAAUGAAAUAGCCUUGAGAACUUGUUUUGUCCUAGAGAGUGCUGUACAUUGCAACAGUGUUCUCUGCUGUGAUUUUAGAAAAACACUUUAGAUUCUACUUACAGUUACCAUCUAGCCUUAACCUAACUAAUUAAACAGUAUUAGAAUUGCAGGUCUCUUAAUGCACAUCAUUCAGCCCUGGCAACAUAAAUCCUGCUUGAUGUACAUGUGGAUGGGGAGAUUAUACUUUAACUAGUAUGUCUAUUUACUAGUUAGAGAACAGAAUAUUUAAAAGCAUAUUUAUAUGCCUAGUGUGUUGAACUGAAAAAGAACAAUAAUUUUAUAAAAUGGUAGUAAAAGUCUUUGAUAUAAUAUAACUUUGUCUAUCACAAUAAAUGGCUCAUAACUUGUUUUACUAAAAUAUAAAUUGAUCAUCAGAAAAUCUAAGUAUUGAUUACAUUUUAUUAAUUUUUUGGCUUCUUGGCACAUGGUGUGCUGCUUCCCAUCAUUUGUUGACAUUGUUAUGAACAUUUUGUACUCACUCUUCACCAUUGUAUUGAAUGUGAUUUAGAAGAUAAACACAUUAUUAACAAAACUUGUUUUACACCAAACCUUCUGCCAACAUACAGCAGAUACCACUUGUUUGUAAUCAAGUUGUUCUAGUGAUUUCAAUGAUUUAUACAUUGGUUGUUACAUCGAGACAGAUUAUAAUAAAAAGACUAAAAAUUAACUGUC